AUGGACGCUCUCGAUGUGACAGCAGCUCGUGCUUGCUUCCCUGCUCUACAGCAGGAUCAGGUGUUCAUGGAUAAUGCAGGGGGCAGUCAAGUUCUGGGGAGUGUGGCGGACUCCAUCCAUGCAUACCUUUUGAACACGAAUGUCCAGCUUGGUGCGACCUAUGGAGUGUCCAAGGCUUCAACCGCUGCAUAUUCAGAUGCAUAUCAAGUUGCGGCAGAGUUCAUUAAUGCUGCCACUGAAGAGAUUAGUAUUGGUGUUUCAACCACUCAGCUCCUGCACAACAUCUCGACAGCCCUGAAAUUCCAGCCUGGCGACGAGCUCAUUCUGUCCAAACUCAACCAUGAGGCUAACACCGCCCCGUGGGUCCAAGUUGCAGAGCGAUUGGGCUUGAGAGUGAAGUGGUGGGCUGCUUCUGAUCCUCAGAAUCCCGUCUGUGAUCCUGCUGAAUUGAAGCCUUUGCUCUCCAAUAAGACUCGGCUGGUGUCAUGCCCACACGCAUCCAAUAUUACCGGGACCAUUAGCCCGGUCCGAGAGAUUGCAGAUGCAGUCCAUGCAUAUCCUCGGGCCUUCUCUUGGUACAAAGUGUAUGGGCCUCAUCUGGCCCAACUCUAUGCCUCGUCCCAUAUCCAUGACCAGAUCCAGUCGCUGGGCCAUUUCUUCAAGGCCCACAACACCUUGGAUCUGAAGCUGAACCUGGCAUCUGCCAAUUAUGAGCUGACCCAGAGCAUUCCCCGCGUUGUGGAGUACUUUGGCUCCCCCCCUCGCACACGCUGGGCCAAGAUGGCGGAGCACGAAGAGCGGCUGCAGCAGAUCCUCCUGGAGUUCUUGGCUGCCCAUCCCUCCAUUACUAUUAUUGGAGAGCCCUCUGCCGACCAGGCGCUCCGUGUCCCGGUGAUCAGCUUUGUGGUCCAGGGCAUGGGCAGCCAACAGCUGGUGGACGCCGUUGAGCGCCGAUCGGCGUUUGGAUUCCGCAGUGGUCAUAUGUACAGCCACCGGUUGCUGGCCGAGGUGUGUGGGCUGCCCGAUGUGGAGGAUGGGGUGGUGCGGGUCAGCUUGCUGCAUUAUAACACCGAGGCCGAAGUGCAGGGGCUGGUCGCACUGCUGCGAGAGGUAGUGUGA